AUGAUGCCCACAAAUAAAACCCAGAUGUCAGUAUGGACAGCAUUAGUGUUGACAGUGUGUUGGACGCAUAUUAACGGAUGCAAUAACACGAGCCCACUCCCUAACAUGAUUGGUAGAUCUAGGGCGGACUUAGUGGACGCAAACUCACUCACACUCAUACACGACUUUUAUAUCUCGUCUGGUUGGUACAGCGUAACCGUCAAUGGAGCUCAAUAUCACAUGCCUGGGUCAGAUUAUAUGCCCGACGAGAACGCCUGUGGCACACAUGAACCCAUUUACCUGAAGGCAAACCAAACUGAGCUCGACAACUUGAAUGAAAACGGAACAGAAAAAAGUAUGAACCUGUGCAAACGUACUGCAGUUUUGAAAUGUGAAGAAGGCAUGGACAUAAAGGUCCGCAAAUGUGGUACUAGUAUCCAGUACUUCCUUCAACCGACAAACAGAGUUGAAGCAUAUUGCUUUGAUCCGCCAAAUUUACAAGGAAAAGAUUUGAUAGCAUACCCUACGGACGUUGACGUAGGGGUGAUAACGGUAAAACCUUCAUUGGAGUUUAACGGCUCAACACCGUAUUCUGUAUUUAUUUGCAACUUUAAGACAGAGCCAAAUCGGUACUACACGAUUACAUGGAAAAUUAUACAAGACAAUACUAUUACUAUAACACGAGAGGCAAUUGCAGGAAAUGCCACAUUCCGUCUAACAGAAUCGGAUUUGAAUGCCUACAAAAUAAUCAUGGGUUUUAAUAUUAGAUGUGGCGUACAGGUAUCAGCAGCUCUUAAUGGACAGAGAACACCACAGAAAGACAGUGAAUAUUAUUUUGCUGGAAUAAAGGUUCUCACUCCUACUAUAAACAUCCCAAAAGGCGGAUCUGGUACAAUAGUGUUUCAGCUUACAGUUCCCGUCGGAUGCAAAUACAACCAAUCAAACUUGUGUCUUCUAAAUGUACACAUGCGAAAUCCUAUCGGUUGUUCUAGUGGCGUUGCUAUGCAGAAAUGUGGACUUGACAAUAUUACUCCGUGA